AUGGUGGCUAGACGGGCUCUGGCAGCAGCGGGCUGCUCUCAGUGCCGUUCUGUCCUUCUCAACCACUUUACCACAUCCCUGCGCGCCGGUCCUGUCGCGCGAACACCUCUGUCUCGAACCCGAUUCCGCCCCAUUGGCCCAGCUGCAACCCGCCCUUUUUCCUCGUUCCCAACGCCGGGUAUACCUGCGAGCGAUAGAGACCCCGUCGACGAGCAGCUUGAAACGAAAGAAGAAACUGAUCGCGACGAAGAGAACAGCACCGCACACGAGUCCCAACCAGCCGACGUGCCGUGGUAUCUCCAAGUCGACCCUCCUCGGCAUGUAGCCUCAAUGGAACCGCCGCCGCUGCCCGAGGUCCCUCAAGAUUCCCCGCCCAUCAUUGGUUCACUGCUUGAAUAUGCGUCAGAGGAGAUGGGUCUGGACGAGCUCAACCUGCUGGACUUACGAGAACUGGAUCCACCACCGGCACUAGGACCCAAUCUUUUCAUGUUGUUUGGCACAGCGCGAAGUGAGCGUCACCUCAACGUCUCGGCGGGUCGUCUUCUACGAUGGCUUCGAGCCAAACAUCGCGUCUACGCCGACGCCGACGGCUUGCUUGGGCCAAACGAGCGUAAAACCAAAGUGCGCCGGAAGACCAAGCGGGCGAAACUGCUCGGGACCAUGGGGACCGAUGACGCUGAUGAUGGAAUCAGAACGGGCUGGAUCUGCGUCAAUUUGGGAACAAUAGGUCGUGGAGGCCAAGAGAGCGCGGUUGUGUCUGAUGACGGCCGAGUAGCCGGGUUCGGCGUUGCUCAGCAGGGGUCUACUGUUGUCGUCCAGAUUAUGACAGAGUCUCGUAGAGCCGAGAUGGGCCUCGAGACCUUGUGGCAAAGGGCCUUGGACCGGUCCAGUCCCCAGGCCCCCAAUUCGGAACCAAAGGGGGAAGUCGAGCACCCAAAAAGCAUGCAUCCACUGGACAGGGCUAUUGUGUCCAGCUCCGUUGCGUCACGGUCCUCUGACGAAGCGCCGAACGGCUAUCCCUCGGGAGCUGCGCGGCAGAACCAGGCGCGGUUUUACUCGACACAACGAAUAGUGCAUGGGCAGGAUCCAUUGCUCGACGCAGCUUCAGCCGAGGCGCUGGGCCAAACAUUAAUGUAUGACCCCAUCCAAAAGCAACGUCUGUUGGGACUUCUGCGAACUCAUCUAGAUGAACUAUCUCCAGCCGAAAUCUGCACCACUCUCGGUGAAUCGGAAAGCGGACAGGUCCCCACACCUUUCCUGCAGCUCAUGGACCGCGCACUGCAGAGCCUUCCUCCAACGAAAACAUGGGUUCACCGUCUUGCUGUCCAGACAAGAGCACGCGAGUCUGGUCACAGAGCCGCAACCGAGUCACUCGAUGAUGUGCGGGUAUUGCUUGAGGAGAUGCGCCUGUAUGGCAUCCGAGCUACCCGUGACCAAUGCCUGCAGCUUUUGACUUGCAUAUACUGUACAGUCAAAACCGAAACACGCGAACAGUCGGAGCUUGCGCUCGAGCUCUUUGAAGUGAUGCACCAGCGUGGUCAGUCCAUCAUUGCCACCGACAUAGUAGUCACGAUCAUCGAUUCGAUUUCCCGGAUAUCUCUACGCGGGGCCAGACAAGACAGAGAGCUUAUAGCGAGGCUGGAUCGGCUUUUGUUAGAAGCCAAGCUACCGUGUAUGGAUGAGGCCCUUCUAAUGAAGCUCAUGAGGGCCUAUGCGCGACUGGGUCACUGGGAAGGCGUCUGGAAUACCUGGCGGGUGCCCCCAAGGUACUUACGUCCACGGUCAGCAGGCAUGUAUGUGGGUAUAUAUAGGCUGGCCGCGUCCACUCGCUCAGCGCCGAUGUGCACCACGACGUUGAGGCGAUGCUUCCAGGAGAUGCUCAUGGAGGACCCGCCCGUACGGCCUGUCGGACAGGUUAGGAUGGCACUCAUGGAAUGCAUUCGAGUCGCGGACCCCCGGGCUGAAGAGCAUGCGGAGACCCUUCCUGUCGAUGCCUCCGGGCAAGUCAGGAGACUGGCCAUCCGGGAGUUUGUCAGGCUUGUUAAGAACAUCAAGCUUCUGAGCUGA